AUGUCUUUAUCAACGCCAAUCGCGUCGAGCGCCAUGGGAGCUGGUAACGAAGGUACUCCAAUGGGUAGUGACAUCGAUAUGACCGAGCACAACCACCAUUCCUCUAUAACAAAGUCACAAAAAACUGAGAAAGAUGAGGACAAUAUGGGAUUUCCUCAGGACAAACGCUUAGAUAUAGAAUCAAUGAUUAACGAAUUUAAUGAAUAUUUGAGUAAGGAGCAUUGGGCAAAGUACGCUAGGCUGAUCUCCUUAUUUAUACUUGGUAAACUAUCCAGGAAAGAGUUGGUCAAUGAAUUAGAUGUUAUAUUCAGACCAACUCAAGAACAACCAAACAUUAAGCCAAGAGAUUUAAUACGAUUGCAUAACCAGUUGCUACUUUCAUUAUUCACCAAUUCUCUUCGAGAAACUACGGAUGAUGACCCUCAGUCAUCUAAAUGGGGAUUUAGGAAUGGAUCUCAACAGCAGAACAAGAGAAGAUCGAAACCAAAUUCUCAAAUCGAACUAUACAAAAAAAUUGUCGUUUCUCUACCGUUGUCCGACAGACAACGUUUGAAAAUGAUUACAAAGGAAGCAGGUAAGAGGGGAUUUGUACUAUGCUCCGUGCUUCAGGCUAGACUAAGGCAGAUUCCAAAAUUACCAUGCGUUUUCAAUCAGGAAACUGCGAAAAGAAUACAACAACAGGAAUUAAAAGGACCACAGGAAUGGUCUCAAGAGAUAAUGAGUGGAUUUAAAACCCAGCUCUCUACAGAAUCAUAUGUUUUACCUGACAAUGAAUCGUUAUAUCUCCGAAUGGUGGGAAUAGCCCGAGAGAAUGGUAUCGUAGGUCAAAUUGAUUCUCGUUGUGUUGAUAUUGUAUCCCUUGCGCUAGAAUAUUAUUUGAAAACAAUUAUAGAAUCUACCAUUGACACUGUGCGGUAUAGAGAAAAGAAAUACUCAGAUUAUUAUGAUUUAAAUGACGAUGGUUUCCAGCAAGCAUCUGGUACUUCAUUCAGUGAUAAAAAGGAAACCGAUAAGGCAAAAGAUAUUACGGCAAAUAGAAUCAUAUCUCUAACAAAUGAGGACGCUUUAGAUUCAUUUACUAUUUUCCCUAACGUCGUAGAUCCUACUGGUGCAUACCUAGGACUUACAACGAACGGAUUAGUCAAUGAUGAUGAGAUUAUCCAGUUCAAAAGUCCAAUUGAUGAUCUUUUGUAUUUCAAGCAGGAAAAACCUAGCUUCACUCCUCUUGAUGAGAAGAAUAUGGGAACAAGAGAAGAGCUUAACUGGUUGAUAAAGGAUAUUCUUACAAAAAAGUGA